GAGGCAGAGCAGAUCCUGGUAUUAGCAUACUGACAGAGUUCCAGCACUGCAGAUCUACUGUCUGUCUUCAGUCGCUCUCGCUUUUAGUCUGACGCUGAAAGACAGAAAGACAGGGUGGGCAGGGAGCGUGAAACAAAUAAUCCUCUGACAGAAAAGGAGAGGGGAUAUCUGCCUUUUUCACUGAUCUCCACACAGAAUUCAGCCCUGCAGCUGAAGUGAGGAUCCCUCCCAUUUGUGAACCAGUGGGCAUGUGACAUCACCCACCCACCCAACCAUCCCUCCCUCCCCACUUCAGUGCGUCUGACCAAUCAGAGCCCAGGGAGAUCCAGUCACGUGAGAAUCCCCCUGGUCUUGGUUACCAUGACAACGAGCACUGGUCCAGGCAGCAUCUUGCUGUGGUGAGAAGGAGGAGGGGGGAGAAGACAGGAGGAGAGACAGAAAGAGAGAGGAAAGGGAGGAAGAAAAAUAGAAAGAGAAUAAAUCCCAGCCAGAGGACUUCCUUGGAUCUUCAGUACAGUACAAAUGAGGGUGCCUGAGGUGGGGAGUUAAAGCCCUCCAAAGGAGAGAGAGUGCGUUCCAGGGCUGGGGCUGGACCCAGAGACCCCUGCCUCUGGGGGUGAAGGGCCCUCACAGCCCUGUGUGAGUCUGGACCAUGGGGGAUGGAGGCACAGGUGCAACUGGAGGAGAUGGGGUAAACCGGUCCCACGUCCUGUUCGACAACUUCGUCCAGGCGACCACGUGUAAGGGCACGCUCAAGGCCUUCCAGGAGCUGUGUGACCACCUGGAAGUCAAACCCACCGAGUACAAGGUCUUCUACCAUAAGCUCAAGUCCAAACUCAACUACUGGAAGGCUAAGGCACUCUGGGCUAAGUUAGACAAGAGGGCAAGCCACAAGGAGUACAAGAAGGGCCGUGCCUGUGCCAACUCCAAGUGUUUGAUCAUCGGUGCAGGGCCAUGUGGCUUGCGUACAGCCAUCGAACUUGGCUUCCUGGGGGCCAAGGUGGUGCUGCUGGAGAAACGAGAUGCCUUCUCCAGGAACAAUGUGCUGCACCUCUGGCCCUUCACCAUUCAAGAUCUCAGGGGCCUUGGGGCCAAGAAGUUUUAUGGAAAGUUCUGCGCUGGUGCUAUCGAUCAUAUCAGUAUUCGUCAGCUGCAGUUAAUGCUGCUCAAAGUUGCUCUCCUCCUGGGCAUUGAGAUCCAUGUCAAUGUAGAGUUCAAGGGUCUCAUCGAGCCCCCUGAAGACCAAGAAACUGAAAGGAUAGGCUGGAGGGCUGAGGUCCAUCCCAAGACACACCCUGUCAGUGAGCUGGAGUUUGAUGUCAUCAUUGGAGCAGACGGAAGGAGAAACACACUACCAGGGUUUCGGCGUAAGGAAUUCCGGGGCAAACUCGCCAUCGCCAUCACUGCUAACUUCAUCAACAGGAACACGACAGCGGAGGCAAAGGUCGAGGAGAUCAGUGGUGUGGCUUUCAUCUUCAACCAGAAGUUUUUUCAGGAUCUCAGAGAAGCCACAGGUAUUGACCUGGAAAACAUCGUCUAUUACAAGGAUGACACGCACUACUUUGUGAUGACUGCCAAAAAACAGAGCCUGCUGGAGAAAGGAGUCAUUCUGCAUGACUACGCAGACACCGAGCUGCUGCUGUCGAGGGCUAACGUGGACCAGGCUGCCCUGCUGUCGUACGCGCGCGAGGCUGCAGAUUUCUCCACCAACCACCAGCUUCCCACUUUGGAUUUUGCCAUCAACCACUACGGCCAGCCUGACGUAGCCAUGUUUGACUUCACCUGCAUGUACGCUUCAGAGAACGCCGCCAUGGUGCGCCAACGCAACGGCCACAAACUGCUGGUGGCGCUAGUAGGCGACAGCCUGUUGGAGCCCUUUUGGCCCAUGGGUACUGGCAUCGCCCGAGGCUUCUUGGCAGCCAUGGACUCGGGCUGGAUGGUGAAGAGUUGGGCUCAGGGAAAAACCCCUCUUGAGGUUUUAGCAGAAAGGGAGAGUAUAUAUCGCCUUCUUCCUCAGACGACACCAGAAAACGUCAGUAAGAACUUCAGUCAGUACAGUGUGGAUCCUACCACACGGUAUCCCAACAUUAGCCUUAACUUCCUCAAACCCAGCCAGGUGCGGCACCUCUUUGACACUGGGGAAUCCAGGGAAAUGCGCAUUGAAAUUGAGAAUGUGAUCAACUCGUCAACACCCAAGUUGGCUAGGAAUGACAAUUGCCUGCUUGACAAGCAGUUGCAAGAAUCCAUCGCUCGGUCUAGUAAGCUGCUGAACUGGUGCCAGAGACAAACAGAAGGAUACAGGAAUGUAAAUGUAACAGACCUUACCAUGUCUUGGAAGAGUGGUCUGGCUCUGUGCGCUCUCAUCCACCGAUACCGACCGGAUCUUAUUGACUUUGAUUCUCUGGAUGAGAAAGACCAGGAGAAGAACAACCAGUUAGGUUUUGACGUGGCGGAGAAGGAAUUCGGAAUCUCACCCUGCAUGACUGGCAAAGAGAUGUCAUCUGUGGUGGAGCCAGACAAACUCUCCAUGGUCAUGUACCUCAGCCAGUUCUAUGAGAUGUUUAAGGACACAGUGCCACCUGGAGAUAACCACAACUUGAGCCCAGAAGACAAGGCAGCGUUGAUAGCCAGCACCAAAUCUCCCAUCUCCUUCUUAAGCAAACUUGGUCAGAGCAUAGCAAUCUCAAGGAAACGUAAUCCUAAGGACAAAAAAGAGAAGGAUGUGGACGGUUUGGGGAAGCGAAGAAAAACCAGUCAGUCUGAAGACGAGGAGGUUUUAAGGACCGGUCGCGACGACAGGCCUUCUGUCCCCGCAAUCCUGUCUGAGAGAAAGAUGGACUCUGCUGCUGUGGGGAACCACAACAAAGUCAAGGUCAUGGCCACCCAGCUGCUCGCCAAGUUUGAGGAGAAUGCUCCAGCACAGCCAACCGGACUCAAGAGACAGGGGGACUCUCUGCCCAAUCUGGACUGCAUUUUGCCCCCUAUUCAACCCAUAACCCCUGUGAAUGAACCAGUACGCCUUGCACCUGUCCCAGCAUGGAGAAAGAGACGUACACAGCAGCAGGAGCAGCUCAGCAUUCGCUACAAAGAAAUGAUCAGGUGUCAGACGCUGCCCAGAGGGGAGCAGGCCAGAAGUGGUGCAGACCAACUGUCCAGCUCAGGCUCUCGGAGCUGCCCAAAGAAAACCAUUCUACUCCCUUCCUCCUCCUCCACUUCCUCGCUCUCUCUUCACUCAGAGUGCUAUGUAAGGAUGUACACAGGGGGAGUUAGCUCAUUGGCUGAACAGUUAGCCAAUCAGCUUCAGUCACAGGAAGAACCCAAGCCUUUACCUGAAAAGAGGGAUUUGGGCUCCCUCAGAAAAGAGUUUCCUGUCAACAUCGGCGGCAGCGACGUUUGCUUCUUCUGUCGGAAGCGCGUGUACGUCAUGGAGAGGUUGAGCGCAGAGGGAAAGUUCUUCCAUCGCAGCUGCUUCAAGUGCGACUACUGCGGCACUACACUUCGACUGUCCUCCUACGCUUUUGAUGUGGAGGAUGGGAAAUUUUACUGCAAGCCUCACUACUGUUACCGUCUGUCUGGCUACGCCCAGAGGAAAAGGCCUGCUCCUGCUCCAGCUCCAAUUACCACUAAGGAGAACCAGGCACCCCCCACUCCUGUAGCCACGGUGGAUGCCCCUGGACGGGCGACGCCGGCAGCAGCCCCCUCAGCCGAGCACUCGCCUUCAGCACCGGAGGUCAACGGGCUACAGGAGCCGAGCCUUGCUAAAAGACUGCGAGGAACUCCGGAGCGCAUCGAGCUGGAGAACUACCGACUAUCCCUGCAGAGAGAGGAGGAGCUGGAGGAGGUGCCCGAGGAGACGCUGGCGGAACACAACCUCAGCAGUGUUCUGGACAAGGCCACAGAUGCUGACCUGGGCUCCAGUAGUUCAGAGUCAGACAUGGAGGAAGAGGAUGAGCAGGAGGAUCAGGAGGAGGUGGAAGCAGAGCAGCAGCCUCUCAGUCCCUCAGACCUUGGCGGCGUUCCCUGGAAGGAGGCGGUGGAGCUUCAUGCCAAACUGAGGGGCGACCGCAGCGAGGACGGAGAGGGUGAAGCUCCGGCCGACGCAAUCAGCAGGGACGGGGAAUUAGAUGAGGAAGAGGAAGAGGAGGAUGAGGAGGAGGAUGAAGAUGAGGACGAAGAGGAGGAGGAAUCAAGCGAUGAGGGCGAUUACUGCCCCUGGGACAGGGAGCUCCAGUCAGGCCUUUGGCUGGAGAAGUACCUCACAGAUGAAGACGAUAUUGGUACAUUUAAAGCCAGGAACCUUCAGAUCCAACAAGUCCUGCAGCCUGUGGAUCCUCAGGCCAUUCCAGGUUUGGUGAGAACACACCUGGACUCUGAGGGGGAAAAGGAAGGCCAGCCGGUCUCAGCCUCCCAACUCUCCCAACCCUCUGAGCUCACACAGCCCACCCCCACAGCCCCUGCCCACACAUCCGCCCGACACGAGGCAGUGAGAGUCUGGUUGGAGUCCAUGUCUGGAGAGCUUUGUGAAGAUGAUGAGCUGGAAGCAGAAGCAGACAGUCCGGAUGUAGAGCCUGGUACAGAGAUGGAUCAAGAUGACAUCCCUUCAGAUGCAGAAGCAGAGGCCCGUUUGCACCAGUCAGAACACACUGAAGCGUUUCCUGAGGAAGACAAAAAGUCAGAAAGUGUUGAAAUGGCAUCUAGUAUUGAGCCAUCCAGCAGCAGUCCAACACAGAAAGAUGAUGCAGUCAUUUCUCCACUCAAACCAUCUGUAGACCCUGUGAUACAGGAAAAUCAGACAUCUCCCAGUCUGGCAAAGUCUCCUGGCUCCCGGUUUUUCUCCGAACCUUUCAUACCUGAAGAAACAAAGCCAGACAGGACUGUUUCAUGUCCCUCUCCAGCUGCAAAAAGCCCAGUCUGCCCCUCACCUGCUCCCGUCCACGAUCCAUCUUCUGAUCUAUCUCCUACUUCAGCUGUUUCCAUCAGUGCUCCUGCCAUCUCUCCUCACAAUUCUUCUGCCAAAUCACCCAUCAGCUCUCCUGUCAAACCAACCACUGAGUCGCCUGUCAGAUCGCCUGUCAAGUCACCAAUUGGCUCUCCUAUCCGCUCCCAGCCCACACCACUGCCAGAGACUCGCACACCCAAAUCCCCGGUUUACCCUCACCGCUCUAUUUGCCCUCUCACUGGCAACCCCCUCUCACCAAUCUGCGCCCAGCCUUUGCCCUGCCAUGAACCGUCGUCACCCCUCACUUCUGAUUCUCCUGUCAGAACUCAGCCGGUUCCUGCAGUCACAUCAACACCAAUGGCUAAAACAGAAAAGGCCACACCUGAGCCCUCAAAGUCCUCAGAUUCUUCAAUAGAGGAAACUCCAACUAAAAAGACAGAUAUUAUUGAGGAAUUUUGGUUAAAGAGUGCAGAGAUCAGGAAGAGCCUGGGUCUGUCUCCUUUGGACCGCAGUAGUAAAAUUUUAGAGAAAAGUGUCGUUAAAACUCCACCACAGGACUCAACAGCCGUUAAGAUAAAGUCCCCAGAUGUUGUUGAGGAACCGAAGCCUGCCUUUACUGGUCGUGCUGUCAUUCGCAGACUCAACAUCACCCUCGAGGGCCAGGUCAUCACCCCCAUUACUCCCACAGAGCCCAAGAGCAAUGGCUCUGAUAAGAAAGACCUGAGCAGCAGCUCUGGGUUGGGGUUGAAUGGAAGCAUGGUUACCAGUCAGACGGUAAACAGUGACAGCUACAACACCUCGGAUUCCACCAUGCUCACUCCUCCCUCCAGUCCACCACCGCCAGUGCCUGCCAAUCAGUCUCCAGCCGUGCUCAGGCAACAGAGACACCAGGUGUCCUGGAGCAACGGGAAGGAAAAGCCUCCAUCUGAGCGUGCCAAAGAUCCAGCUAAAACCACAACACCUGUUCCCGCGCCGAGGACUCAGCUGAGCCCAGUAUCAGCUCCCAAACCUGUCCCAAGAAAAAUCACAACACCACCUGCAGACCCAGAACCGGCUCCAGUUGUUGUCAUGAGGGAGAAAAAGAAACCACGACCUGAACAAGUGAGGAAGUCCUUUGUGGAAACGGUGGAAGAGAUUCCAUUUGCUGAUGACGUGGAAGAGAGCUAUGAUGAGCGGACACCGGAAACAAGCAUGAACAGAUUCUACACUCCACCCACCAGCAAACCUAACAGGGAAAAACCUCCCCUGCAUCUGGCCUUAGCAAUGGAAAACGGUAAACCCAAUAUCCCAGUCAAUCCAGCCUCAAAAUCUCAAAGGGCAACUCAAUUUUCUCCAGAAGCCAAGGAGAUUGCCGAGGAGAGAAUGAGGGCUAGAGAAAAAUCAGUCAAAAGCCAGGCCCUAAAAGAUGCCAUGGCCAAACAACUUAAUAAAAUGAAAGAAUCUGAUAUAGACAAGGGUGCCUCACCUAAAGUGGCUUGGAGUGUAACCCCAGAAGCUGCUGGCAAAAAUAAGAAGUCAGGAUCUCCAAAGACAUCUGCUGUGAAAGCUCUGGAGUCAAAGAGGGCAGAGACUCUGCCCGAGCGUUUCUUCAGCAGCAACAAGAGUCUGGACAGCUCGGCAGCUUCGUCUGACGGCUCUUCAACAAGUAAGAGCAAAAAAAGGAGCUCGCUUUUCUCACCACGCAAGAAUAAGAAGGAGAAAAAGGCAAAGAACGACAGUAGCAGGUUGUCUGGAACAGAUGAGACCCCACCCAAACACAAGUCGUUGUGGAAGGCCGUCUUCUCAGGGUACAAGAAGGACAAAAAGAAGAAGGACGAUAAAUCAUGUCCGAGCACGCCGUCCUCCAGCUCCACCACUCAGGACUCUGGUAAGAAGAAAAUGUCGCCUCUUGGAAGGUCAUCAGACUUGAAGUCUCGCAGAAACCUCAGCUUUUCUGAAGAUUCAGAUCUAUCCUGCGAUGACGUUUUGGAGAGAUCCUCCCAGAGGUCAAAGGCAGAUCAGCAUAUGGACAUCUUUGACCUAGUGUCAGGGAUGCAGAAGGAAGCAAUAAAGGAGGAGAAACUGGAAAAGGAGAGAAGAAGGGAAUUAAAGAAAAGACAGAGAGUAAAAGAGAGGCAUAAAGGAAGAGAACUGGAAAAAGAGGUUGAUCGAGAAAAGGAGAAUAAUGAUGAGGAGUCUGUUUAUGUCCCUCAUGCACUGGCGUUCAAGAGAUCAUACGCCACAAAGAAAACCUACACAGAGGAAGAGCUGAAUGCCAAGCUGACACGCAGGGUCCAGAAAGCAGCCAGAAGACAAGCCAAGCAGGAGGAACUCAAGAGGCUGCACAGAGCCCAGAUUAUCCAGAGGCAGUUGGAGCAGGUGGAGGAGAAGCAGAGGCAGCUGGAGGAGAGGGGCGUGGCCGUGGAGAAAGCUUUGCGAGGAGAAGCAGGAUUGUAUAAAGGUACUUAUACAUUACCCAAACAGCACAAAAGAAGAUCAGACUAUUGGGGAGAUUCUAAUUACAGUGAAAUCCUGGACUUGCAUCUGGGCGGCAUGGGCAAGAAGGACGAUCCUAAACUAAUGCAAGAGUGGUUCAAGCUGGUGCAAGAGAAAAACGCCCUGGUUCGCUACGAGUCAGAACUCAUGAUCUUUGCCAGAGAGCUGGAGUUGGAGGACCGACAGAGCCGACUGCAGCAGGAACUCAGGGAGCGAAUGGCUGUGGAAGACCACCUGAAGACGGAGAAGGAGCUCACUCAGGAGAAACAGAUCCUGAAUGAGAUGUUGGAGGUGGUGGAGCAGCGAGACGCCUUGGUAGCCCUCUUGGAGGAGCAAAGGCUUCGGGAGAAGGAAGAAGAUAAGGACCUGGAGGCUGUCAUGCUUUCCAAAGGCUUCAACUUAAACUGGGCUUAGGAGGAGAGUUGUCAUCACAGUUUCCCCGGAAGGAAAAGAUUCAAGUAGCGUCUGCCUUGUAAUUGCACGGCCAUUUUUUGAUCUGAAUAGUCUGCUGAACACUGACAUAAGCAGUUUUCUUCUCAAACUGUCACACCUGCAGCAGUGAAUGUGUACAGAUCCCCCCCCCCCAACACACGCGCCAAGGUUGCCGCCACUGACAGUUCAGUAGACGCAACGUUUACAUAUCCUGUGCCCCAAGGCAGUCCUAGUUAAUCACUUUGCAGUUUGACUUGCCCUCUUCUUUCUCUCCGUGGGAGUCUAGAGGCAAGUACGUUCACAACUUUAUCAUCACAGCCUUGAAGUGGAUCCUCUCGAACAUGGUGGGAGGUGGGUGGGGGGGGGGCGGGCUUGGGAGAAUGUUAAAAGACUCGCUUCAUUCACAAUUAUCUAAAGGGAAGAGUGCAGUUAGGUCCUGCUGAUGUAAAGGAAUUGUAAAGAAUUGUGGUUUUUUUGUGUAUAGAUGUGUAGUACAAGUCACAUUUUCUGCAAAUGAGGGUCGUCUUUUUAUCUGUAAAGGACUGCUACAUGGGCUUGUUUAAAAUGCUGGAGUGAUGUGUCCAGUCACAAUCUCACACUCUCUCUUUGUGUAGAGAAAAAAAAAAAAAAACAUCCUCUGCUGAAGCCGCCUUUCUCUCCCGUGACAAACUGACUUCUACGUCCCGACGAAUCUCAAAGACACCAUGAAAGGCACUGUUUUUUUUUCCCCUUUCGCUUCUUUUCCCGUCGCAAAGUGUUUAGUGAGUGAACGCGAAUCCAUUAAAUACAGCCAUGUUUUGUUAUGUAUUUAUUACUUUUUGGUUUUAACAGCUAAACAUGUUUUUUUUUUUUUUUUACUCUGCAUUCACAGGAGAGUGCCCGGAAUAUCUCAUUAUCUUAUACUUGUGCAUAAACUCCCAUGCACUCGUGAGCCAUUGCACGUCAGAAAACGAAGGCUGCAGGCACAUUAGACGAAUAUUGUGUUGAUAGCAACUCAUGAGCACUUGAGCAUUUCACAGGACUUGACAGUGUUGGGCCUCUCCGUGAGAUGCCUGUAUAUCGUAUUAACGGCUAACGUUUACAAAACACUCGUCGAUAUUCACUAUUGGAUUUUUUUGUGUUUCAGUAGCAUGUUAAAACAGCUGUCGAACUGUCUUUUCAGGUCCGGGUUUCCUGCCAUAUUUGUGUGUUUAACGUUCACUGUCAUCAAGAAAUUAGUGAUUUUUUUUGUACAUUUCACUGUCGGUUUUUGUUUUUAAACGUUAUUAACGAAUUAGCGUAGCUCAGAUGCUCGAAUUUUGUGCCACAGGACUGUUUUCGUUAGCGGAGAUGUUGCAAUAUCUUAAGGAAAAAAACCACAAGAACACUACACGACGCUUUUACAUCUACAUACGGCAGUGUUAUUAUUAUCAUACCCUUCGACAAGAUGCCUUUUUUCAUUUUCAUUCUCUCUACUUAAGUUAUAUUUUAUUUUUCGGUGUUUACUUGUUUUCGAGGUAGUCGCAUCUGUGUAUCCCACUGGAACUUGAGAUUUUUACUUGCCCUUUUUUUCAGAUACUUUUAUACAAGCAGGUCCCUAAACAAUUACAUGAUUUUAAACAGGGCGCUCUUAAAAAACAAAAAAAAACAAAAACAAAAAUGCAAAGUAGUUUAAGAGCAACUUGCAUCAAAUGGGAGCAUUACGGUUUCUCUGGUGGGUGGUCAAAUCUAAUAGCCUUUUUUUGACGACUGUAAAUCCAGGAGGUCACUGUUUUACAGCACACGAACCCUAGGCUAUAUUUAAGACUUGGUAUGAGCUGUGAAUAAAAAAAAAAAAAAAAAAUGUUAACAUAAUUUUAAGGGGUGUUGUUUUAGAUGGUGUGUGAUAUAAGUUUGAAAUGAUUGUAUUGAUAUUUAUUAACAUGUGUGCAAACUGUAUUAUAUGUAAAGAAAACGAAUCCUAAUUUUUAAACAAAGUUCUGUUGACACAUGACUUGUAAUGUAAAUGCUUCAUGUAGCUAAAACGCAUAGGGGUGAUGGAUGUAUGCUCAAAUGGCAAUAAAACAAUGCAGUUGUUCUCUCCA